GGGAGGGAGCCGUGCCGCCACAGAACUCCCGCAGCCUGCGGUAGGAGACAGUGCGGGGCUGGAAUUUCACCGGCACGUGUGCGUGCAGUUCCUACGGCUGGGGGAGGUCUUGUCCUAAACAGCAACGCCAAACUCUGCCAAGAAAGGAGACAGAAUUAAUCUGAGCGCACAGCAUUUCACCUGGGAGUGCGGGACGGCCGCACAGUGCCCGUGACUGUCGGCCGCGUGGAAAAGCACAGCAUUGUCUGAGGAAAAGCCAUUGUCUCCAUCUGGAACACGCAUUUUGCUGUGGUUUCAGCACACUGGAGCAGCAGCACCAGCGUUUGGGCGGCACAGCGCAGCGAGAUCCCUUCGUUACCGGGGCUGUAAAUGGAAAUGGGCUUGAACCGCAGAUCUACAGAUAGCAGAAUUAUCAGGAAGCGCAGGAAACACAGAAUUAUAAUUUUAUUCUGUUGCAGCAACACGUAGUUGGAAGGGGACCCGUCACCCCGACCCCCCCCAGCGCAGCCCGUGCGCGCUGUCCGGGGGCACCCCCGGCCGCUCCCGGGACACCCCCGGCCGAUCCCGGGACAGCCCCUCCUGCGGGGCGGGAGCGGCCGCGCCCCCGGCCCGGCCCCGCGCAGGCGCCCCGGAGCCCCGCCCGUGCCCGGCGGUGGCGGAUGCCGCGAUGCUGCUGGUGCUGUCGGCGGAGCACCGGGCGCACCUGGGCUGCUUGCCGCGGGCGGGCGGCGCAGCCGUGGGCGAGCUGGGCCGCCUGGCGCUGGAGCAGCUGCGGCGGGGAGCGGCACCGCGGGCCUGCGAGGCCGCCGCCAGAAAGCUGGACAUUGGCGUUGACACCAUUCAGCAUGGAGUAGAGGGACUAACCUAUCUUCUUACUGAGAGCUCCAAGCUUAUGAUUUCUGAGAUUGACUUUCAAGAUUCCAUUCAUGUUCUGGGAUUCUCAGAUGAAUUGAACAAAUCCUUGCUCCAGCUGUACCUUGACAACAGGAAGGAGAUCAGGAGCAUUCUUGGAGAGCUGGCACCAAGGCUGCCCAGCUACCACAAUCUGGAGUGGAGACUGGAUGUGCAGCUUGCAAGCAGAAGUUUGAGACAACAGAUCAAGCCUGCUGUGACCAUGAAGCUAUAUCUUAACCAGAAUGAAGAUCAAACUGCCCAGGUGUUGCAAACUGACCCUGCUACCCUUCUCCACCUGAUCCAGCAACUGGAGCAGGCACUGGGGGAGAUGAAGACGAACCACUGCAGGAGAAUAGUGCGCAACAUGAAAUAGCCUCAAUUCCUGCCUGCUCUCCUACUGAGCAGUUUGUGAAACAGCUCAAAACAAUGCUCACAAAUACACUUUGAGGAAAAAUAAACAUCUGGAUCAGAUGAACUGCUUUCCUGUGCCAGGAUCUUGAGCCAGUAAUUACAGGCCAAAUGUCCUCGGCUGCCAGCUUUGCAAAUCUGACGGAUACAAGAUGGGUAAUUGGGUUUGCAUUACUUGCAAAUGGAGGCAUUCAGCAUACUAUGCUGAGAAUUCCUUUAGCUCUAAAUUAGUAUGGAUCUGCUCGAGCUUUCCUACCUUUGGUAGAACUGUCUCAAUAUUAUUUGAAGCUGCAUAUUUACUGUUACAUUUAUAAAGUAAUUUUUUCUCUUUUGCUUCUCUCUUAAAAUAUUUUUUAAACCCUUAUACUGGUGAGAAUGAUACUUUGCAGGAAGACUUCUCCCAUGUAGACUCAGGUAUGUGUAAAAGCCGAUGUGGUACUGCCCUUUUCCUCCAGAGGACUGGGUCAGUGGGGGCUGGUGUGACACUGCUGCUCUGCCCUUCUCACCUAUAACCGAGCUAACACUCCUGUUAGCAGAGCCUGCUGUGACCCCACAGGACAGCUGAGGCUUUCUGCAGCCAGCCCAGUGGCCUGCACUGGGUUGGCAAACUGGUUAUAUGUGAAGGUGGUCUGAAAACUUGCAAAAGCAGAGCUGUGGGUGAGGAGGCAGGUUAAGAAUAGUGUUAACCUUUGCUAACUCUGGUCUCUGUGCCCCGAUGCCGUGGUUUGUGUUCCACUGUUCGGAUAGUGCUCAUAAAGGCAAGACCAGCUAUUGCAACCAAAAUUAUGCUUUUCCAUUGUUAAGAAAAAUGUCUAAUAAAGAUGAUGUCAAAUGUCACUUUUCAGUUGUAUUCUAAUGCAGUAUUUUGCAGCUUUUGUGAGUAAGAUUAAAUGGUUUUAGUAAUUCAUGCUUUAGUGUCACUGCUGAGGGUGCAUCAUAAAGGCCUUAAAGUAUAUAGGACAGGACAAGAAGGCGAGAGAGAACCAUAACAUACAGAUUCUGGCAAUAACUAUUCACCGUCUUUCAUGGCAACACCAUAAACUUCUGUAUUAAUUGUGGUUUUACAUUCAAAACUGCAUUCUUUCUGUUUUGAAUUUUUGUACUUCUGUACUACUAUUUCAAAUUAAACCUGCAUGACUGAAGUGCUUUAAAAAAAGUUUUCUGGAACGUGGAGUUGCCUGUUCCGCAGCUGCUGUGCAGUGUGGUGAUGGUGUGAACAAACUGAAUUGCCUUUCUCUGUGAAUCAGCAACGUGUUUCUUUUAUCAUCCCUGUGUGGUGACCUUUUUCAUAGAAUCAUUUUCAUAUAUAGUACAUGGUAAUUAAAUGUUACUACUUGGGA